AUGGGCCAGCCAGGCGCUCAGAACACCAGAAGAAAGGCGUGCGAUGCAUGCAUCCGUAGAAAGAUUCGAUGUGAUGCCGCUAUCCCAACAUGUUCGACUUGCGCCAUCCGAGACCUGUCAUGUACUCGGACUCCGGGACUUGUUGCGAAGAAACUGAUUUCCAAGACGCAGGACGUAUCACACAACCGUCGCUUUGCUGACAUUGAGAGUCGUUUAGCGGCGAUAGAAAGCUCUCUUCACAACAAUUCAACUCACCCGGAUUCACUAUGGGAAAGUAUCGGACAAGAACAUCCCGAGAAUAUCCAAGAACUUUCAUCUCCAGUGCACACUGUGACGAGUGGCUCGACUAUCUUCACGGCUUCGAUGUCUCGAUCUGAGAGCCAAGGUCAAUUCGCCCUGCCACGAAGAGACUUGGUGUAUGCUCUGGCAGAUAGCUAUUUUGCCAAUUAUAACCCGGCGAUGCCUCUCUUCCAUCAGCAAUCAUUCCUGCAAAUGUUAGAAAGUUGGUACCAAUCGAAAAAUAAUCAAGAUUAUGUUUCAUGGGCGUCGAUAAACGUCGUCCUCGCCUUAAGCCUUCAGCAGGCACCAAACGCGGCCACAGCCCACAGUAACCAACUAUCAUCAGAAUGCAUUAAAAACGCCCAAUCCGUACUAAACCAUCUUGUUAUUAGAGAUAAAGAUAUACAAGGUCUACAAGUUGUGUUAGCACUUGUAAUUCUUUUCCUCGCCACUCCUCGCCCUCAUCCUGCCUGCGUGCUGAUUGGGACAGCCGUGAGAUUAGUACAUCGGCUUAAAUUACACAUUCGGGAGGGGCGUAACGACACGGACACUGGAUUGGCGGCCCAGAAGGAAAAGCUACUGUGGAUUACAUACAUUCUCGAUAGAGAUAUCUCUAUGCGCACGACUGAACCCUAUGGACUGCAAGAUUACGACAUGGAGGUAGAUAUCCCCCCGUCAGCACUACCCAGCUAUACAGCAGAUGGUUUGACUUUGCAGGGUGACGGAAGCAAGGCUGCAAACAUAUUCAGGCUUCGGAUUCUGCUGGCUCGCAUUCAAGGGCAGAUGUAUGACCUCACCUACUCGGUGCGAGCGCGUAAUACACGUUUGUCCAGCCAGCAUGAAGCCGCUACUGACCGACUAACGCAACUGCUUGACGGAUGGCGGAGUUCUGUGCCGCAAGGCUGUCGUGUCGAAGAUCUUUCUACACAUAUGCCAGAAAACAUUUUGAGGCAUUUUGUGUCGUUGCACCUCGCGUAUUAUCUAUGCCUCUUCAUGUCACAUCGACUGUACGCUCGAAAUGGAGCUUGGAUAGACCGCCUGAUGGCGUUUCGAGACGGACUGAUAGACGGCACUGCCUCAAAUGUCAUGUCAAGUCUACAAUCUAAUACAAGACUGCUGCCGACCAAUUGGUCCAGCUUUGUAGUGGCCGCGAGAUCAUGUCUGAGCCUCUGCCAAUGUGUCGGUCAUGAUCAAGCGGCGACAUUGUGGGGUAUUGCUUGCACACAUCAAGCUGCACUCGUAAUCCUGAUUGCAAACAACUUGACAGUUUCGGAGCAUCUCCUCCAUGACCAGAUUGAUACCGACUCAGAGCUCAUAGAAGAAGCGUUGGCGAUAUCAGAGAAACUGGGUAGAGACACAAAUGACGAUGAUACGCAAGCCAGUAUUUUAUCCGCCUGCCUAAUGUUGAAUGAUGGAGCAAAAUUGGCGGUCCAAAAGCUUCGUGAGGGCUGUGCUACAGUGCCCUUCAUAAAAGACGCGUUCAGCCUUGACUUGGACUUACGGGCUUCAUAGGUUAAUGAUGGUAUUGUCUCGAGUUCGCAGAAUACUCUCGGGGAAACAGGAGGAAUCGGCAGAAUGGAUGUUACACUGUAUACAGAGAACGCCCGGCAUCAUGUUUGGUGAGAUUGUGACUGUGAGAUCACCUGCUUCCUGAUUGUUUCUAUGAAUUCAGCGU